GGGCAAUGCACCUAUGUGCAGCAGUGUGUUGCGAGAAGACGGAGAAUUCUGUUGACCAAGUACACCGGUGCAUCGAGAGCUGCUCCACCCCUCUCACUCAGGCUCAGAGCUUUGUGCAGAAUGAGUUAUCACAGUUCCAAGAACGACUACAACGAUGUGUAAUGACUUGUCAAGAUAGGGUGAGAGACCAGGUCACUGCAGAUACCUCGGAGGCUCAGGAGCCGCAACGCAACAGCUCACUUUCCAUAGCCAACGCCGCAGGCAGUGUAUUUCGUCAGGCAGCUCUGGGCAGAGAUGGAGUGUCUGUGUAUAAAGCGGAGUUCGAGGGGUGUGCCAUGCAGUGUGUGGAUGAUCAUAUACAACUAAUGCCUUCUGUUAAGAAAAGGAUAGCAGGUGUUUUGUCAAAAAAAUCCUAAAAGUGUUAAGAUCAGUAUUGAACAAUGCCAGUUUUCACAGGUUAUAGCAGGUUCAGAUAACAUGCUUCUGGUGCACGGACAGACAUUGCACAUGCAUUGCUUUAUGCAGUAGUAUGGAAGUACUUAAUAUUUUUUAAUGAAAUAAAUUGAGAACUAAAUUAUUUUUUAAUCAUUUAAGGCAAAUGUUUUGUAUUUGAAAUAAUGUUUUUAUAGGCAACUUUGUAAUUUGAGUCACAUAUGUGCCAUAUAGUAAUGCAAACAUUUAGUAAAAAAAUUAAUUUUCACCAGUUUAAAUUAUUCUACACGUUCAACUAAUUGAGAUUUAAUAACAGAAACAAAAGUACAAUAUAAAGUUGGUCUGGUGUAAGAUGUAGUGUACUUUAGUAAAGCAUAAGACGAGGAUGGUAAAAAAUUAGUCAUGGAUAAGGAUCAAGGAGUUAGCAUGAUCCACUGUUCAGUAGCUGAAAAUAUUGUAAAAUAAAGGCUGGUCUCAUUUUAAUUCUUGACGUUAUAUUGUCGUGCAUAUAGACGAUGAUGGUUUCACAUCUGGAUCUGCUGUUGUCGGUGAUACGUUGGUGGCAAGUUUCACUUGUGUCAAAGCUUGUGUUAAAAGUGGUAGUAAAUACAUUUAUUUUUGAAGUUAGUGCCAGUAGUUAGUGUUGAUAAAAUAUUUGUAAAUAAAAGUUCAUCAUCUGUUGUAAUUUUAAAUGCAGCUGAUUCACAGCUAACCCAUAAUUCAGAGAGGAAACCUUAGACAACAUUUCUGUCCAUCCUAGACUAUUAUUAAUUUUCUUUUAACAUUGAAUAUUUGUACUAAUUAUAAUUUUCAUUCAGUUGCUGACAAGAUGUUAUCCAUUACUUGUAUAAUGAAAAAUUAGUUAGAUAAUUGUGUGUUGCUGGACAGUAGUAUAAACAUAUAAAACAUUAUUUAAUAUUAAUUGUUUCCAAGGUGUAAUUUGGACCAUUUAUAUUUGUUAAAAAUUUUACAGAAUUCUUAUUGAGAGCAUAUGAAUGUGUGGAAAUCUACAUAGUAGUAGUGUUAUCCUGUUACUAUACACCAAGUGGCCAAUUAGAUACAGUACUGGCAUUGACAUGGAUUUUACAUGUAUAUUUCCUCAAAGUGUAAACUUGUGAAGCAUUAUAUAAUACAUGCUGUUCUAAAAAUACAACUUAUUAAAAAUGUUUAAUAUACAGAAAAAUUGUAAUUGCAGUAGCUCAUAGAUUUUAAUGUACUUUUUUAAAGGGUCAGUUUACAUGUUAGAGUUGUUGUCCUACCUCAGCUCAUUUUAAAGCCUAGCCCUCUAUGGCAUUCUACCCUACCCUUUAUUCCCCAGAGUGCAACCCAUAAUAGUCAUCUAACAUUUGUGCCUGUUUACUGGUAGGUGAGUAUGGACAGCAGGUGUAAGGAGAUUUCAAGAGAUCUAUCUAGCCCAGGAAUCUAUCCCAGGUCCUUUCACUUGUGAGCCAAAUGCUCUACUUCUGAGCUACAGGUUGCUUAAACAGUUAUGUAGGACUGCAAGUCAGGUAAUUUAUUACUUUUUGUACAAAUAUAGUCAGAUCUUGCAGUUUAUUCAGAAUAGUAAGUUGACCAUGUAGCAAAUACUUUCAUAAUGUUUUAUUUGUAUUAUUUAUUAGUCAGGAUUAGCUUAUCUUAAGAUGAAUAUUAAACAUAUUAGUGAUGAGGGCGCCUUUCACAUCUGUGAUGUACUAUCAAGGUUAGUGUGUACAGUAAUGUAAGGUGUUUUGUAAGACCUUGUAAGUCAUUUUAAAUUCUAUCUCUGUGGGUUUAGCACCUAUUUUUAAUAUAAUGUAUUUUCAUGCAAGUAAUUAAGUUGUAUUGUUUAAUAUGUAUUCACAAAUUACAUGUUUGCCAAAGUAAAUUCUGUGUACUGUAUCUGUGUAGAAUUAUCAGUAUACUUAUUUUAAAUAGACAUUUAAAUAUUUUGGAGAUAAAACACCACAUCAGGUAAUGGAUCAGAUUUACAAUAUUCUACCAUACCAGCUUUCUCAUUUGCAUUAAAACCCACCUGAGCACAUCUAUAUAUGGUAUGACAGUAAAGAAUAAAGAAUCAGAGGGUUUUCAAUAUUUUGUUUGCCAUAUUGAAACCGUCCAAGACCCAGACACUAGAUUUAAGGCAUGUAUACUUGGAGAACCAUCCCUUUCCUCUUAAGACUAUGCCUUGAUACUGGUGAGGAGCUCUUGAUCCAAGAAACAGGAGUUAAACUUGCCUUGGAUCAUAAUUGCCUCCCAGUUCCCAGGCAUUGAAUGACUCAGAGUUAUUACAGCCUCUCCUCACUUAGCGACUUACUCGUUUACUGACAACUCGGACUUACGACAGGCUCUCUGAUCAGUAUGCAUACCUAUAUAAUGUAUAUUAGAACUGAUUUCUUCUAUUCCAUUUAUUACAAUAUACAGUACACUACUGUAUACACAUUUAAAAAUAUACUAGAAAUGUUAUAAAUGGUGCAAAAGUGACAUUAAAACAGUAUCAAAGAUGGUUGACACAAACCCACUACCAUUAUAGUAUGCUCCUUGCUUAGCGAUGAAUUCGUUUACCGACGUGGUCCAAGGAACAGAACUCAUUCUUAAGUGAGGAGAGGCUGUAUUGCUAUUUAUAUACGGGGUCUGAAAUAUCCCCUUGCCUCCCCCUUGGCAUUAUCACCACCAGACACAUUAGAAUCAGAUGACACCAGAUGGUUUAGAGGCUGCAGUCAUUAUUUCUUGAAGAUCAGAAAACAGAAUGUUGGAUUUUUUUUUUUUUUUUUUUUUUUUUUUGCAGAGGUGGUUCCCACCUGGACAUGACUCAAAAUACCACACCACCUUUGUUGUUCCUUGCAUUACAGGUUUAGCAUAUUUUGGUGAAUACAGUAGGGCCCCACUUAUACGGCAGGUUAGGUUCCAGGCUACCGCCGUAAAGCAGAAAUCGCUGUAAAGUGGAAGACUUUUUUUUCCACUUAUAAAUGCAUAUAAAUACUAGGUAACAAGUUUACACUAACAUAUAUUAAGUUAGCAAUAGAACUAGGAAUUAAAAAAAACAAUAAAGUAAAAUACACAUACAGGAGGGCCCCACUUAUACGGCGGGUUAGGUUCCAGGCUACCGCCGUAAAGCGGAAACCGCCAUAAAGUGGAACACCCUUUUUUUCCACUUACAAAUGCAUACAAACACUAGAUAACAAGUUUACACUAACAUAUAUUAUGUUAGCAAUAGAACCAGGCAUCAAAAAAACAAUAAAAAAGUACAAUACACACAUAGUGCACUCAUUACUUACCUUAAAAUAUUUAUAGUCUUAAUCUAGGGUGAGACAAGUAGUAUUUAUUGUAAGAAAUCAAGUGUGGUAUGUAUGGUAGUCAGCCAGGCUACCAUACCAGGCCACCCCACCCACACAUACUAUUCUAUGAUAUUUAAGCAUCCCAGAGCGAUAAAAUGUAUAUACAGUUCACUCAUUACUUACCUUAAAAUAUAGGGUGAGAUGAGUAGUAUUUAUUGUAAAAAAUCAAGUGUGGUAUGUAUGGUAGUCAGCCAGGCUACCAUACCAGAGAGAAAGAAUGAGUGCAUGAGAGAGGACAGGCGCAGAGUUAUGUAAACAAACCAGGUGACGGUAAGUUUUGUAAACAGUGUACACGUCUGGUUUGUGUAUAAGUUACAUUGUGUACAGGUUGUCUCUACAUUGAUACGGUAGAAUAAAUAAAGAAGAACACUCCCAUUCUCAUGUAACAUCAUUUUGAGAAGAAAUGAUGCUCUGAGUGAAGGCAAUGGAAGUAAGUCACUGACUUUUUUGGGUUAUCCCAGGUUCUCUACACAUAUGUUGUUAUGUAUUUAUGUUAUGUAUCGUGUUUAUUAUAUAAUUUUGAAAAAAAUAUCACGGAUGGAUUAAUGAAAAUGUGUAUAUUAACGUAAUAUACAACAUUUAAUGAUACACCGAGCUCAGACAGCGUAAACAAACAAACUGAACAGGUUGUGGACGAUCACUCGGUCAGGCGAAAUAGACGGUAUUAAUACGUGUCCAGUUUUAGUUCAUUCAUGUACAUUUGUAAGAGUUUGUGAAACUUUUACCUUAUAAUAUUUUUAUUAUUAUUAUAAUAAUUAAAUCACGAAACAAAUACUCUUACACUGUGUACAAGUUAGUACAGAAUUAUAGCUAUAAAGUGAAGGCAUACGAAAGGAAUAUUUUUUCUACAGUUAUCCCUAGUAACAGGUGACGGGCUAGAGAAAACGUAAUUCUUCCGACACUUCUACAAACCGUUUGGUAAACAUCUCAUAUAUAUUUGUAUAAAUUUUUAUACUGUGGGUGCAUGUAUCAUGUUUGUGUGUUACAUAAUGUGUUUCUUAUAUAAUUUUGAAAAAAAUAUCAUAGAUUAAGGGAAAUGUCUAUAUUAACGUAAUAUGCGACAUUAAUGCGCCCAAGAGAUUAUUAUUAUUAUUAUUAUUAUUAUUAUUAUUAUUAUUAUUAUUAUUAUUAUUAUUAUUAUUAUUAUUAUUGCAUCAAGAGUAGAGAGACUUAGUGAUUUUAAUGUGUACCUACAUGCCAGCACAGUGUGUAAGUUUAUUUAGGUACAGGUGUACACAGGUUUAAUUAUCAAGUACAAUACAUAUAAAAUAUACAAUAACUUUAAAACACUUGAAAUUUUGGAAAGUUUCCAGACAUAAUAAGGAGAUGUGCUCAGGGAGAAUGUAAACAAACUCGGUGGGCAGCUGUGACCGUAUUAGAAAGACAGGUGGGGGGAGCCGUAUAGCGAGUUUUGGUCAUAAUUUGAAAUGUCCGUAUUAGCGGAAUGCCGUAAAGCAAACCGCGUAAAGCGGGGCCCUGCUGUAUAGUACACUCAUUACUUACCUUAAAAUAUUUGUCGUCUUAAUCUAGGGUGAGAAGAGCAGUAUUUAUUGUAAGAAAUCAAGUGUGAUAUGUAUGGUAGCCAGCCAGGCUAUCAUACCAGGCCAACCCACCCACACAUAAUAUUCUAUGACAUUUAAGUAUCCCAGAGUGAUAAAAUGCAUAUACAGUUCACUCAUUACUUAAAAUAUUUGUAGUCUUAAUGUAGGAUGAGAGAUGAGUAAAUGAGAUCAAAUGAGUAAAUGAGAGAGAGAGAGAGAGAGAAUGAAUACACGAGAGAGGGCACUCAUGGAGUUAUGUCAACAAACCAGACGAACACCAGUUUUGUAAACAAACCAAGUAAACACGUCUGGUUUGUGUACAGGUUGUCUCUACAUUGAUACGGUGGAAUAAAUAAAGAGGAUCACUCCCAUUCUCAUGUAACACCAUUUUUUAGAAGAAAUAACACUCUAAGUGAAGGCAUACAAAAGGAAUAAUUUUCUGCAGUUAUCCCCAGUAACACAUUUUCUCUUAUGUUGGACUAGAGAAAAUAUUAUUCUUGCCAUCACUUGUACAAGUUGUCUGGCUACCACAUCUCAUAUUUGUUUAUUUAUUCUACUGUGGGGUGUAUUUAUCAUCUUUAUAU